GCUGUUAUUGCUUUUCAGUUGGAACACUCUAAGAAUGGUGAGGAUGAGGAUGUCUAAUUUGCUAAUUGCUGUUUGUCUGAUGUUUGUAAGAGGAAAUUCCAAAACCGUUCCUGUUGGUCCGUAUAAAGACCAACUUUUGAACCUACACAAUGCUUACCGUCUAAUGCAAGGCGCAGCUGACAUGCAAGCUCUAGUGUGGGAUGACCAGCUCAGUAAAGAGGCACAAGCCUGGACACAAAGGUGCGUCUUCGAACACCAGAAGAAGGGACGAGGGGAAAAUCUGGCUUAUGACACUCACCGUAAGACAAAUGAAGAGUUGAUAAAUAGUUCUAUGAAGGCCUGGUACGACGAAAUAAAGGACUACAACUAUUACGGGAAGCAGUGUUACAGAAGCUGUCAUUACACACAGAUAGUUUGGGCUAAAACGAGGAAGGUUGGAUGCGCUAUUGAGAAGUGUGAUUCCAUGAGUACAUUCGGUCGGAUGUCAAAAAAUGCGUGGUAUCUAGCCUGCUUCUACGAUCCUAUGGGAAACAAUAUGAGUGAGUAUCCUUACCAAAAAGGCGAAGCUUGUACUAAAUGUUUCAAGAAGCAAAGCUGUGAGAAGGGACUUUGCACAGGUGUUGAAGCAUGUGAAGAUUAUGACGAAAAUUGCAACUAUUGGGCAACUAACGGAGAAUGCAAGAAGAACCCAAAGUUCAUGUCCCCAAAAUGCAGAAAAUCUUGUGGCAUAUGUCAUUAGAUCAACAAGAAAGAAAAGUGAACAUAUAUUACUUGAUACUCGGUAUGCAGACAAAAAUUACUGUCGUCAACCGAGAUUCCGUGGUUUGUGCUGUUCCUGCACCAAUGUUCAUCGUAUUUGUACAUUUAAUGUUAUGAAAUAAAUUAUGCAAUUGUGA